AUGAAAACCAAAGUCGGCAUCGUUCCCCAAUUCGACUGUCGGUUAUGUAAAAUAGUCCACUCAGCCGGUGCAACGCCUCAUUCGAUCCCCAUGGCCACGUACGACGGCUUCGCCUUUGGCGGCCAUGUUCCGGCGCCGACGCCGACGGAGCUCUACUGCAAUGACUGCCAGAUGCACGUCCACGCUGUGGCCGACGGCGACCACCGCUGCGAUGUAUGUGGCGCAACGCUCCUGCGCCAAGCCACAGGAGGUGCCGCGGCCUCUGCGCUCGGCGACAUCUCGGUGCUCAUGAACCGCCUCCUCGAAGCAUGGGGCAUCGACCCGACAGCCGCGGGCGCAAACCAGCCUGCGACCGAGGAAGCGGUGGCCAAGCUCAGCACGUUUGCAGCGGGGCAAGCAGCGACAGCCGAGGUUGGCAUGGUCGUCGACGGGAUCAAAGGCGAGGUCAUCUUGGUUCCCGCCAACUUUGGUCCGUGCAUCUCCUUGCCGUCGUCGAGCCUUGUCGUCGCAUCGCCCAUCAACGGCGCGUCGUCCUUGACCUGCGACGUCCACGGCAAGAUUGUACUUAUGGAGCGGGGUACGUGUACGUUUGCCAACAAGAUCCUUCGCGCGCAGACCGUGGGGGCGGUGGCCGUCAUCAUCGUGCAGACUGCUGACGUCUGGCCGUACACAAUGACCGACUCGUCCGGCGAAGGCGCGGACAUUACGAUUCCGGCCUUUAUGAUCAGCGCCAAGCAAGGCAAAGGUCUCGUCGAGUACGUGGCCAGCCAUGCGACGACAGCAACGAUCGAGGUCCGACUCAACGCGCGCGAGUGCGUCAUUUGCCAAGUCGAAGUCACCAACGGCAGUCAAGUGAGCCGCAUGCCGUGUCAGCACAUGUUUCACACCGACUGCCUCGCGCAGUGGCUGCAGAUCCGCAACAGCUGUCCGAUUUGCCGCGUCGAGAUUGCGUCCAAGAACGGCCGGGCCAAGACUGACGCGGACCGGGACUUUCUGUGGAGCGACUGGAUGUCCUAA